AUGUCUCCUGGAGCAUGUGUGGAAGAGCUGCUCCGGUGUCUGCCCAGCUCGGCCCCAGGGGACUGCACCUCCUUCGGCAUCAGCGCGUCCCCAGGAGUGGUGGUGGAGGUUGCCCGUGGCCCUCCGACCAAGAAGAACCGCACGGGCUCCUCCAAGUGGCCCCUGGACCCCGAGCUGGAGGUCACCCUGAGGAUGAAAGCGGCCAGUGCUGUCACAGGUGACCAGAAGGUUCGGAUUUCGUACUACAGCCCUAAGACGCCACCUGUCCAGGCCCUGCUGUACCUCACCGGGGUGGAAAUCUCCCUGCAGGCAGACAUCACCCGCACGGGCAAGGCCAAGCAGCCGGGCAGAGCCGCCAAAAACCAGAGGACCUGGACCUGGGGCCCCCGGGGACAAGGGGCCAUCCUGCUGGUGAACUGUGACAGGGACAACCCCAGCUCUUCGGGCAUGGACUGCGAGGACGAGGAGGUGCUUGACAGCAAAGACCUGCAGGACAUGUCCCUGGUGACCCUGAUCACCAAGACCCCCAAGGACUUCUCCAGCCAGCACCGGCUGGUGCUGCACGUGGCCAAAUCCGAGAUGGACAAAGUGCGGGUGUUUCAGGCCACGGGGUGCCAGCUGCCGUCCAGGUUCAAGGUGGUCCUGGGGCCGGGGCAGCCCUGUCACCUGGUGGAGCUCCCGGGCGGCCAGCACAGCAGGGACUUCUACCUGGAGGGCCUCACCUUCCCGGACGCCAGCUUCCCGGGGCUCAUCUCCCUGGGCGUCUCGCUGCUGGACACGUCCAACCCGGAGCUCCCCGAGGCCCUGGUUUUCCAGGACAGUGUGGCCUUCCGCGUGGCCCCCUGGAUCAUGACCCCCAACACGCAGCCCCCCCAGGAGGUGUACGUGAGCAGGAUCUUUGACAACGAAGACUUCCUGGAGGCAGUGGCCGCCCUGGCCAAGAAAGCCAAGUGCAAACUGACCGUCUGUCCCGAGGAAGAGAACAUGCACGACCAGUGGAUGCAGGACGAAAUGGAGAUCGGCUACACCCAGGCCCCACACCAGACGCUGCCCGUGGUCUUCGACUCCCCGAGGGACAGAGGCCUGAAGGACUUCCCCAUCCAACGCGUCAUGGGUCCAGACUUUGGCUACGUGACCCGCAGGCCCCACGCGGAGGAGAUCUCCGGGCUGGACUCCUUUGGGAAUCUGGAAGUGAGCCCGCCAGUCACCGUCGGGGGGAAGCGGUACCCGCUGGGCAGGAUUCUCAUCGGGAACAGCGGCUACCCCAGCAGCGACAGCCGGGAGGUGCACCAGACCCUGCAGGACUUCCUGGGCGCCCAGCGGGUGCAGGCCCCCGUGACGCUCUACUCCGACUGGCUGUUCGUGGGGCACAUCGACGAGUUCCUGAGCUUCGUCCCAGCGCCCGACAGGAAGGGCUUCCGGCUGCUGCUGGCCAGCCCCAGGUCCUGCUACCGGCUGUUCCAGGAGAAGCAGGAGGAGGGCCACGGGGAGCUGCUGCUGUUCCAAGGGGUCAAGAAAAAAAAGCAGCAGAAGAUAAAGGACAUUCUGUCCAACAAGAAGCUGAGGGAACACAACUCCUACGUGGAGAGCUGCAUCGACUGGAACCGCGAGGUGCUGAAGCGGGAGCUGGGGCUGGCCGAGGGGGACAUCGUGGACGUGCCGCAGCUCUUCAGGCUUGUGAAGAACAACAGAGGGAUCCCCAAGGCCGAAGCCUUCUUCCCAAACAUGGUGAACAUGCUGGUGCUGGGGAAGCACCUGGGCAUCCCCAAGCCCUUCGGGCCAGUCAUCAAUGGCCGCUGCUGCCUGGAGGAGCAGGUGCGCGCCCUGCUGGAGCCGCUGGGCCUGCACUGCACCUUCAUCGACGACUUCUACACCUACCACGUGCGCCACGGCGAGGUGCACUGCGGCACCAACGUGCGCCGGAAGCCCUUCUCCUUCAAGUGGUGGCACAUGGUGCCCUGAGCCUCCCCACCCGCCAGCCUCUCCCCUGGUGGCCUCCCCUGGUGGCCUCCCCUGGAAGAACCUCCCAGCCAGGGGUGGCUGGUCCCCUCCCCCACCCCGUGUGUUGCAGCCAGGGCUCUUGGGGAUGGCCAGGUUCCCCAGGGGUGGCCAGUCUCCCCAGCAGUGCCUCGUGGCCUCGCCCUGGGCCCCUCUCCAUGUUCCAAGAUGGCUCCAGCGCCCCCAGCUCAGCUCUGAGAAGCCGCGAGUGGGAUCCCUUUGGCGGCCACGCUUUGCCAACACCCACGCUCUCCCGUGGCUCGCUCGUUCCUUCCUCUGUCAGGUGGAACUGACGGCUACAGAUUCAAAAGUGCCACCAGGAGGAGCUGAGGCCGAGGUCACCGUGUGUCCUGGCUCCCAGGCCUGUCCCAGCCUGUAGAACCUCGAGUCGCCCUGAGCUUCCCGCAGAACCGGGAAGGGGGAGGGGAGAGGGCACCCGGAACCCAGGGCCCGCAGUCACGGGCAGCUCCUGGGCCGGCGGGUGUUCCUUUGGUCAUUUGAGGAGUGUGUGUGAAAUACAUCUCUCUGGAUGUGAGUCUCGUUGCAAAACAUGGAAUUAAAAACAAAUAGGAUUAAGGGCCGGAGGAGCAGGUCCAGAGCAGGAGGCCAAGUGUGUGGCCUCCGGUUUCUCAGGAGACGCCGCAGGGUGGGGUCCACUCCGAGAGCCCGUGGGCCCGAGAAUGCCAUCUCCCUUCGCGUCGGAAUGUCCAUUGGGGAAAAGGUGGCAGAUCACGCAAGAACCGAGGGCGUGGAAUGUCACCGCUGGGUCCCAUGCGCUCCAGUGUCAGGGCGUGUGGUCCGUCCACUCUUCUGGGUUUGCCGGUGUCCCACUGGCCACCUGGACCCGGGCAGGUACACACCAGGAGCGACGGUUUCUGUGGGAUGGAGUCUAAGUGCCAACACGGUGCUCAGAGUCUCAGGUUUGGGGAUGAGGGACACUUCACUGGUCACGUCCACGUAAAUAUUCCGACCUCUAAAAACGGCCCUGGAAUAUGAACCGCUGCUGGCCCCAGACACCCUGGGUGGGGGACGCCCAACUUGUAACCCAUCUCCGUGGUCUUGUAUUGUUUUCUUAUAGCUUUGACAUCAGGAUUCCUGUUCUUCUGCUGAAAAUAAAAACCUGAAAAUCGA